AUGUUUCGUGCCCCAGGUCCGCUCUCUCUGCGCCAGAGGUUGCGCCUAGCGCAGGGAGCAGCAGAGGGCCUGGCGUACCUGCACGGGUUUGACACUCCCAUCGUUCACCGCGACAUCAAGCCAGCCAACAUCCUUGUGACAGCAGACAUGCAAGCCAAGGUGGCUGACUUUGGGCUACUCAAGUGCCUCACUCACGGCGAUGCUGACGUCACGCGAGUGGCCGGCACUCCGGGCUAUGUGGAUCCGGACUACACCCGCACCCACGUCAUCACGGUCAAGAGUGAUGUGUUCAGCUUUGGAAUCGUGCUUCUUGAGCUGUUGAGUGGAAAGUCACCUCAAGUUGACGCAAAAACACAUAUAAGAAAAUGGGCUAUUAAGCUGGUGGAGGCGUAUGAGGUGGAUGAGCUGAAGGACAGCAAGAUGCCGGCAGCAAGCGAGGAGGCGAUAGUGGACUUUGCAGACCUGGCUCUGGACUGCAUCAAGUCUCCCGGCACACGGCGACCCACCAUGAAGGAUGUGGCACAUCACUUCAGUGCCCUCAUUGACAAGCACUGCCCCGACAGGGAGGACGAAUGGGAGAGUGUUGAGAAAGAAGAGAGUCUAAGCAACGUGGAUAUGUCCUCAAGAAAUGUUUCUGCUCUGUCGUCUAGGGACGACGGUAGGGAGUCAGAGAGGCGUGAGGGCUCACAAUCUAGUGUGCGCUCACUUUUGGGCAUUAGCCUGUUAGGUGAUGGCCUCAAGAGCUGGCUCCAAUUGAAGCCUUCCAACGGGCGUUGA